GUGUAACUUGAAGGCGGCUCAGGAGGAACCGGCCGGAUCGCAGCCGGUGAAGAAUUAACAACGCAGGCUGGCAACAAGGCAUGCAUAUAUAACUCCCGGGUUCCCGUUCCAUGGGAUGUCCGACAUUGUCCCCGCCGUUGCCGUCAUCAGAUAACCCAGCCCAACGAAGUCCGCUAGGAGUGAAAGAAAACUCUCAAGUAAAAACCGGAAAGGACACCCCUCGGAUAACGUCAACAUGCACAUGAACUCGUUGGCCGCGCUGGCGCUCGUUGCGCCGGCGUCAGCUCUGCUUCGCUUUGGGUGCUCGCAGCUCGUCGUUGAGCGCCUGGACCCUCUCGUCAACCCCGGCUCCAACCCCUCGCCGCAUCUCCAUCAAAUCAUUGGCGGUGAUGCCUUCAACGUGACCAUGGACGCGGAGGCGGGCGACAUCGCCGAGAAAGCCGCAUGCACGACGUGCCAGUUCACCGAGGACUUCUCCAACUACUGGACGGCGGUGCUCUUCUUCAAGGCGCGCAACGGCACGUACCAGCGGGUGCCGCAGAUCCCCAACGUCGGGUUCGAGGGCCAGACGGGCGGCAUGACGGUCUACUACAUGCAGGACGGGCUGGCCAACUACGAGCAGACGUCCAAGGUGACGGCCUUCAAGACGGGCUUCCGCAUGCUGGUCGGCGAGGCGGCGUACCGCACCAAGGAGCAGGCCAACCGCUUCCGCCAGAUCACCUACACGUGCCUCCAAGACAUGGGCACCCGCUUCCCCGAGUCCAUGGACUUCCCCAAGGAGCCGUGCCCGGCCGGCAUCAUGGCCAACGUCCGCUUCCCGACCUGCUGGGACGGCAAGAACCUCGACAGCCCCGACCACAUGAGCCAUAUGUCGUACCCGGAGUUGGGUACCUUUGAGAGCGGUGGUCCCUGCCCCGAGUCGCACCCCGUGCGCGUGCCGCAGUUGAUGUAUGAGACCAUUUGGGAUACGUCCAAGUAUAACGACCCGGAGCUGUGGCCUGAGGAUGGAUCCCAGCCGUUCGUGUGGUCGAUGGAUGAUACCACCGGGUUCGGUUCCCACGGCGACUACAUGUUUGGCUGGAAGGACGACUCGUUGCAGCGGGCCAUGGACUCACCGUGCUACGUCAACUGCCCGACGCUCAAGACCCAGAGCGUCGAGGAGAUGAACAAGUGUUCCGUUCCGAAUACCGUGGACGAGAACUUCGACGGCUGGCUCGAUGCGUUGCCGGGUGGCCGGACGGGUGAGAAGGCUUGA